CCACGGCCAGGCGCGUGUGCGUCUGACGUCACGCUCUGGCUUGUUUUGGCCGUUUGUUUCGAUAUCCGGCGAUCAAACGCUGUCGAUGUGCUGGAUAUUGUGACUGAGAGGUUCCUGUGUGUGUGCAUGGGUGUUUGUGUGAGCGAGAGAAGGUGGACGGCUCAGGGAGUCUGCGUGUCUUAUCAUGGCUGACGGGUCCAGUGAUGAUGAUGUCAUCCACCUGGCUAGUUUUAAUACCCAUCGUAGUCGAGCUAAAAGAGUUAGGACCAGGACGUCCUACAUAACCAUAUCUUCAUCGUCGGAUUCUGAUGAUGAACCUGUCAGAUUCGUACCAAAUGUCCCCGUCGUGGUCAAGGACGAUGAAGAAGAGGAGGACGUGCGCAUCUUGGAGCCACAGCCCUCACCUCAUCGUGAGCUGAUCCGACCGGCUGCCAAGUGGGGUGCGAGCACUUUCCCAAGCCAGGCAUCUGGAUCCAACAGACAUCCUACCAGCGCACAUGCCCAUCAUCCUCCUGUAGUCACCAUACAUCCUACAUUAGGAAACCAAGCCAUAGGUGUCUUAACCACGGACCAGAAUGCUGUACCCUCGACGUCUAGAGAAAAUGCCUUGCACAGACCUCUAAUGCCUGUUAAGGACUCACUGCCCCUUCCUAAGAACCCUUCAGCCAGUGCACACUCAGUGAAUCAGGCCAAUUCUGUUUUCUCAGCUCCACCCACCGCUGAAUCAGGUCGGUCAGACUUGGGCAACAAAAUUGAAGUGGUCGUCUGGCCGAGAACUGAAAGGACCACAAAAAGGCCUCAGACGCCACAUGAGACUGUGCUAGUAGAGGUCAGACAAGACGAGCGGCCGGCGGCCCCUCUCUCUCCUGCACAUCUCCCUGCUCCUGCUGACAAUGAGAGGCCUGGACCGUCAGCGCCCAGAGAACCUGUCAUACAGCUGACCCCUGAAAGGACAUCCCUCGAUAUGCUGGUGAAAGGGGUGAUGGACCUUUUCCCCGAUGUGCAGGACGCAUAUGUAGCAGAAUUGAUAGAGAGAGGUGACCUGAAAGAUUUAAACGUAAUAUGCAAUCUGUUGUUGGAAAACCCUGAUUAUCCGAAGAAAGCGAACUCCGUUUUGACGCAAAGCAGUGUUCUCCUCGAGACAAAUGAUUCUGAGACGCAGGAAAGUGAAAAUUAUUUUGAUUAUUUCAAACUAAAGACUGUUGGCCCAGAGGUUGUCAUUCAAGCUGCAGACAUGCUGAUGGGUGACUUCAGAAUGUUGAGCUGUCAGGAUAUCAAAUGGGCCCUGAAUUGCCUCAAAGGACACUAUGCAAUUACCCGGAAGGCCUUAUUCGAAGCCCUUAAGAAGUGGCAAGAGAACUCUACUGACCCCUCAGGAAAGAAGAAGAGAAGGAGAGAGCCAAAUGAGCGCGCGUUCAUAGACUUCAAGUUUGAGCAGGGUUCUUUUAAACUGGAGAGAAAGAUGUACUUUCUGGAGAAGAAUCGCAGAUGGAGCCGUGGAAAUGAGACUACACUGGAGCCGUCGCUCGUGAAAGAGCUGCAGUUCUACGAGCAGAAAGCCAAGGAAAUGGCUGAGCACGAAGAUUUCCUGUUGGCUUUGCAAGUGAAUGAGGAGCAGUAUCAAAAGGACGGGCAGUUGAUUGAGUGUGGCUGCUGCUGUGGGGAGUUUGCCUUUGAGGAGAUGACCCAGUGCACAGAUGGCCAUUUGUUCUGCAAGGAGUGUCUGGUGAAAUAUGCCCAGGAGGCAGUGUUCGGCUCGGGAAGAUCGGAGUUGAGUUGUAUGGAUGGGAACUGCACCUGUUCGUUCCCUACCAGUGAGCUGGAGAAGGUUUUACCGGAAAACAUUCUGUGCAAAUACUACGAGAGACAGGCAGAGGAGGCCGUAGCAGCCACCUGUGCUGAUGAACUGGUCAGAUGUCCAUUUUGUAACUUCCCGGCACUGUUGGAUAAAGACAUUUCUCUGUUCAGUUGCCCAAACCCACGCUGCAGAAAGGAGAGUUGCAGGAAGUGCCAUGUGGUGUGGAAGGAGCACGCGGGAAAGACCUGCGAGCAGGUGCUGGAGAGGGACGAGAUCCGGCUACGGGUGGCUUUUGAGGAGAAGAUGACGGCUGCCCGUGUCAGGAAGUGCCACAAGUGUGCCACAGGCCUGGUGAAGUCGGAGGGCUGCAACCGGAUGUCGUGUCGCUGCGGCGCCUUCAUGUGCUACCUCUGCCGGGAGCCCAUCAACGGCUACAACCACUUCUGCCAGCACGCUCGCUCGCCCGGUGCCCCCUGCCGGCACUGCAAGAAGUGCUCGCUGUGGACCGACCCCACGCAAGACGACGAGCGAAUCAUUCAGGAGAUUCAGAAAGAAGGUGAAGCGGAGUUAAACAAGAAGACCAAUCAGUCAGAAAACACAGGGAAAAGAGUGGGACCUCCUCCUGAGCCCAUUCCGGCGAAGCGCCCUCGGGUUGCACCGCAGGUCCCGAACGCAGCUCCUCAAGCCGUGCGCGCCCCGCUGCUCAUCCCCCAGGUCAUGCUGCGGCCGCAGCGCGUUUUCCUUCAGCCCAUUCCAGCCCCCUUCGUGCCCCCGCUGCCCAACCUCCCUCCGGUGAACUACAACCCACGUAACCUGAACUUUGACUUCAAUAUGCCUAUGCACUAUGGACCACCGCAUCGCUUCUUCAGACAUCUUUGAGGACACCACGGUACAGAGAGCCACGCAUUCGAACUACUAAAAAAAAAAAAAUAAUCCAGGCUUCUGUGUCUUAACUGUUAGGCCUCGCUGUUUUUUUCUACGUAUUUUGUAAUGGGACCUAAACUGAUUUUUUUGGCGCGUUUUCAGGAUGCCUGUUGGAUUUGCUUCUUUGUUGAAAGGCAUUUUUUUGAACAGCGUACAGAGUGAAUAAUAUGAACACCUGUUAGUUUUCAGUUCAAUAAAACAAAGAACUUGAUGGAAAUUUAAACAUUGUUUGUGAAAUCAGUCAAAAUAUGAUGAGGUCAUCAAAAGAAUUUGUUUUUUUCAUCCAGGGUUUUUUGUAUUCAACAUCCUCCUCCUCAUGCAAAUACAUAGAUUAUUAUUUUAGAUGAAUAUUGAUGCCACUUCAGAGCUGUAAAUCAAACUGUAGGACCAGUUUUUGCUACUGAUGUUUACACUGUUCAAACAUUUGGAAUCUGAAAGACAUUGAGUAUUAAGAAAUACAUACUUUUAUUUAGCAAUGAUUCAUUAAAUUGAUCGAGAGUCACAGUAAAGACAAUGUUGCAAAGGAUUUUUAUUUCAAAUAAAUGCUGGUCUUUAAGUUUA